CUCAAAUUACAUGUUUAAAAAGUUGUCGAUAAAUGAGUUGUCAAACGCUGGGAACCAACAAAACGAAGUGAACAUCACAUCCCUGUCCGCCAACACUAAGUACGCGAUUGUUGUCCAGGCGUUCAACAGUAAGGGAACGGGACCCCAGUCUGAAGAGGUUUAUGGCCAGACACUAGUGAUGGACAGGCCAUCUGCGCCCCUCCUAUCUCAAGGGGACGUCGGGUACGACUGGAUUGAGAUCGUGUGGACCUUUCCCUCUGAAGCUAACCUUUCGGCAGCUUUGAGUCAAAUCAACGGCUAUUAUGUGUUUUCCAAAAGCCAUUCAUCCGUUUGGAUGGAGAGACAGAUCCGCAUCAAAACCAACGCCUAUACCAGUAAUGAUCUGCUCUGCGGCACAUUAUAUCAGUAUUAUGUGGUGGCAUAUAAUGCAAUGGGAAAGGGAGACGCCAGCGAUUCAAUAGCCAUUAAGACUAAAGGAUCAGCUUGCCCAUCACCGAUCUUGAUGAAAUAUAUAUCGUUGGAAAGCUAG